CGAGGCUCGAGUCACGGAUAAAUCCAAUUAAUUGUCAACAAGCAAUAUGGCCGACAUGGCACCGCUGGAGAAAAAUGCAAGGAAGCCGUCUGUAAUUAACCAGGGAUCGCUGGCCAGCCGCAGGCCCUGGGACCCGCUGGUGGAGGAGUCAGCGCGACCGUCGCUGCAAUGCCUCAACCGGAUCAGAAAGGAAGUGGCGCACUUCUACGCCGAGCCGCCGGCUAGGGUGUUCAUCACACGUGAAGAGCACGACUUGACUAAGAUUCACGCCCUCAUCGUGGGCUCCUCUGGAACGCCCUACGAGGGCGGCUUCUUCCAGUUCCUCAUCAGGUUCCCAGCGGACUACCCCAUGAGUCCACCCCGCAUGCGCUUUAUGACCACUGACGAAGGCCGCGUGCGCUUCAACGUGAACCUCUACGCGAAUGGUAAGGUCUGCAUGAGCAGCCUCGGAACGGCGCCUGGACCAGGUUGGGUCCCCGUUGACUACCUGUCAAACUUGCUAGUCUCCGUGCAGUCGAUGAUGGACGCCGAACCGUACUUUUACGGAUGCAAAACUGAAGAGCAACCGGGCGACUCUGGCAUCUACAACCAGUUCAUUCAGCAUGAGACAAUCAGGGUCGCCGUGUGCGACCAAGUUGAAGCCGCCCUCAAUGGCAGCGCUCGCUGCCCUCCGGCUUUCAGGGAACAGAUCUUGAAGACAUUCCUCGAGCUGUACAAUGGGUACGAAGAAGCAGCGAAGGCCCAGCAACACCUUACGGGCCGCGUUAUGAGGGACACGUACACUGCUUCGAGGGUAGCAGUGUUCCAGUACGAAGAGCUGCUCAUGCGUCUGCGCCGUCUCAAGAAGGAAGCCGAGCUCAGGAAUAGAGCGGUCGCUGCCAUCGCCGCUGCGGUCGCCGCUGCCAGUGGUCGGGCCGCCGCUCAGGAGCACGAGAUCACCGACACGGCCGAAGCCAAUCCCAAGAAGCCCGAAGAAUGUUCCCAUCUCGGAGACUUCUGAGGCGGCGUCGUGCGCUUCCCAGCAGGCUGCGGCUAGGUCUGCGAGAUCUCGGGGCCGGAUUUCGGAGGCGAAGUUAGCUUCACAGCAAGCUGCGGCAAGGCCCGCGGUAUGCGGCAAAGAAUAAGGCCGUGUAUGCAUGUCCCUGCACCGAAAUAAAAGCGCCGUACAAAAUUCCA